AUGUCUGUGGCUUCAACCACCUCCUUACCCGAAAAACAACAUCCUCGCCCGCACACACACCUCCGACUGCCCCAUAUAUAUACCCCGGAUUUCCGCCUUCUAGCCCGCCCACUGCACGCCCGCCCACCAUGGCGUCCGGAGGAGGCGGCAACAUCAAGGUCGUGGUGCGAUGUCGACCCUUCAACGGGCGAGAUGAAGGGUGACCAGACCAUUCUUUCCCCGCCAGCAAACACCGACGUCAAGGGAAAGGCCGCCAAAGCCGCUGCUGAGGGCGUAAAGACCUUCGCCUUCGACCGCUCCUACUGGUCUUUCGACCGCGAUGCCCCAAAUUAUGCUGGCCAGGACAACCUCCACGAAGACCUCGGCAAGCCGCUACUUGACAAUGCCUUUCAGGGCUACAACAACUGUAUUUUCGCAUAUGGUCAGACGGGUUCCGGAAAGUCGUACUCUAUGAUGGGUUAUGGCGCAGAAUACGGAAUCAUUCCCAAGAUUUGCCAGGACAUGUUUGAGCGAAUAAAAGGCAUGCAGCAAGACAAGAACUCGACCUGCACCGUCGAGGUCUCAUAUCUCGAAAUCUACAACGAGCGCGUACGCGAUCUGCUUAAUCCCUCAAACAAGGGCAACCUGCGAGUCCGAGAGCAUCCGUCUACUGGUCCCUAUGUCGAAGACCUGGCCAAGCUGGUGGUUCAGUCCUUCUCGGAGAUUGAGAACUUGAUGGACGAAGGAAACAAGGCUCGUACAGUUGCGGCGACCAACAUGAACGAGACAUCCUCGCGAUCGCACGCCGUAUUCACCCUUACCCUUACCCAGAAACGCCACGAUGUCGAGACGAGCAUGAGCGGAGAAAGAGUUGCAAAGAUUAGUUUGGUAGACUUGGCAGGAUCAGAAAGAGCGCAAUCCACCGGCGCAACUGGUGCGCGAUUGAAAGAGGGUGCGGAAAUCAAUCGAUCUCUGUCUACACUGGGUCGCGUGAUCGCGGCGCUUGCAGACCAGUCGUCUGGGAAAAAGAAAGCACAAGUUCCGUACCGAGAUUCCAUCCUGACGUGGCUGUUGAAAGAUUCGUUAGGAGGAAACAGCAUGACUGCCAUGAUUGCUGCAAUUUCUCCCGCAGAUAUCAACUUUGAGGAAACACUCUCGACCCUCCGAUACGCCGACUCCGCCAAGCGCAUCAAGAACCAUGCCGUCGUAAACGAAGACCCCAACGCGCGCAUGAUCAGAGAACUCAAGGAAGAGCUUUCCAAACUGCGCUCCCAAUUAGGCGGAGGUGGUGGAGGCGGUGGCGGAGCGGCAGGCUCGAAUGGCAUCGUGGAAGAACAGUACCCACCAGACACACCGCUAGAAAAGCAAAUGGUUUCCAUCACACAGGCUGACGGCUCGACCAAAAAGGUCUCCAAGGCCGAGAUUGCGGAACAGUUGACACAAUCGGAGAAGCUGUACACAGAACUGAAUCAAACCUGGGAAGAGAAGCUGCAAAAGACGGAAGAAAUCCACAAGGAAAGAGAAGCUGCACUGGAAGAGCUUGGUAUCAGCAUCGAAAAGGGCUUCGUGGGUCUGUCAACGCCCAAGAACAUGCCGCAUUUGGUAAACUUGAGCGACGAUCCGCUCUUGACUGAAUGUCUCGUCUACAAUUUGAAGCCAGGUACUACAACCGUAGGAAAUUCUGAUGUCGAUGGUCAGACUGCACAGAUACGCUUGAACGGUUCGCAAAUUCUCGCAGAACACUGCAACUUUGAGAAUGUGGAUGGCAAGGUGACAGUGAUUCCCCAAGAGGGUGCAAGCGUCAUGGUCAAUGGUGUUCGUAUUGAUAAGCCACGGCUCCUCAAGAGCGGUCACCGCAUCAUCCUCGGCGAUUUUCACAUCUUCCGGUUCAACAACCCACAAGAAGCGCGAGCUGAGCGCGCCGAAGUAGGGACAAGUCUCCUCCGACAGACUGUCACCGCUGGCCAGCUCGGCAGCUCUCCUUCACCCGCUCCAAGACCUGGCCACGAUAGGUCAUACAGCUCAAUCAGUGUAGCGAAUAGCGACUUCGACCCCGAUAGUCCAAGAGCAGGAUCGCCUGCGCUCUGGCAACGAGGGCGAGAGUCUGAGUUUUCCUAUGCGCGAAGAGAAGCUCUUACUGCCUGGCUAGGGCCAGACAAACGCAUUGAGAAUCUACCGGACGAAGACUUUGAAGCACUCUACGAAGAUCUCAGCAGACUGCGCGAGACGCGCAAAGCACGGCCGGAAAGCCGGAUGAUUAGUGAUGAGGGUGAUACAGAGUCCAUGUCUUCAUAUCCGGUCAGGGAGAAGUAUGCUUCUGGUGGCACUCUAGACAAUUUCUCCCUUGAUACUGCACUGACCAUGCCUUCUACUCCACACCAAGAGGGUAGCGAGAAGAUGCAAGAAAUACGAGAGGAUAUGCAGAACAAGAUAGAUCAGUCAAGAGAUGAAUUCCAAGCCAGGCUGAAAGCUGACGAGGACGCCAAGGUGGAGUUGCAAGAGCUGCGAGCUGCCAAAGAGGCAAUGCAGAGGCAAAUGAAAGCGCAAAAAGAGGCAUUUCAAAGACAUUUGAAAGAGCUUGGACACGACAUUCCGCUUGAGAUAGAUGAGGACCUGGAGAUCGAAUCGGCAAACGCACCAAAAGAACAAGAUGCCCAAGACGAACGGCAGCUCGAACUGAUACGCUCUGUCCUCAAACAGUGGCGGCGACGGAAAUACGUCACCAUGGCAGAGACUCUGCUACAAAAUGCUGCGAUUCUCAAAGAAGCUCAAGUCAUGAGUCAGCAAAUGGACAAGCGAGUCGUAUUCCAGUUUUGCAUUGUCGAUGUUGGCCACACAGUCCCUUCGUCCUACGACUUGGUAAACAUGGGCAUUCCAGGAGAAGAUGACGAAUACCUCGACAGCCAGUCCAAACCUUGCGUUGGCGUACGCGUCAUUGACUUCAAGAAUGAGGUCGUUCACCUAUGGUCAUUACAGAAGCUCCGCGAUCGUGUACGGCGGAUGCACCAAGUGCAUCAGUACAUGAACCGUCCAGAAUACUUUCAACACUUCAACCCGGAAUCGCCUUUCUCCGACCCUUGCAUGCCCGAGUUUACACGGAUUGGCGAUGUCGAUGUCCCACUUGCAGCUGUGUUUGAGUCGAGAGUUCGAGACUUCAGCCUCGAUGUGAUAUCGCCAUACACCUCGAACCCCAUUGGCAUCAUCCGCUUAUCGUUAGAACCUUCAUCCGCCGAGGCACCUUCAACCACACUCAAGUUCAAUGUUGGCAUGCAUGAAAUGAUUGGGUUUUCAGAGCGAGAGGGAACAAAGGUGCACGCUGUGCUCUUCGUACCCGGCAUCUCGGAUGAAAGUGGCGCGACCACUACGACCUGGAUUACCGAUUUUAACGAAAGCCCUAUUCGCUUUGAAAGUGUGCAUAGCAUGAGCCUUCCUUAUCCAAGUCCACGCGACACCUUUCUCCGCAUUUCUAUCUUUGCAAAAGUCACCGACAUCCACCUCGACAUGCUGCUUAGCUGGGAUGACAUGCGCGACUCGGCCGAGAAGCCAAAGCAGAAGCGUCGCAAUGCACGUCUGCCAGAAUCAGAGUUCUACACAGAAGACACGCACGACAUUUUCGCCCGCAUCCAGGUUCAAGAGAUCACAGACGACGGUACCUACCAACCGGUUGAGGUCACACAGAGCAGCGUUAUGGACCAAGGUGUUUACCAGCUCCACCAGGGCCUCGCCCGUCGUAUUGUCGUGAACCUUACCCAUACUUCGGGUGAGACCAUACAGUGGGAAGGCGUCAAAUCUCUGCGUAUGGGUCAUAUCCGGAUGGUCGAUGCAGCAGGCAAUUGCCCUAAUUAUGGCUCACCGGUCAAGGAAGUCCCAGUAGAUCUUAUUUCGCCACCCACUGUCCGAAACAACGCAGAUGGCACAACAAAUGUCAAAUUCGUUGGGCGAUGGGAUAGCACUGCACACGCCUCGCAGAUCCUCGACCGCGCGACAAAGGAUAAUUUCCGCGUUCGGGCCACUCUUCUCUUCGACGUCAUGUCCUCGAAGCUUAUUGAGCCAAUGACCUUUUCAUUUGACCUCUUCGUGCAGAUCCGUGGUCGAUCAUACAUGCGUCCAACCUCGCUCUUUUCCCUGACCAACAUCUGGAACACGGUCAAGAUUGUUCACUCAACAGUCGGGAUCUUCAGUGUGGCGAUACGUCCAACAUCUGUAAAGCGUGCAACAGAUCUCUGGCGCAUGAACACAAAGGACGACUACAUCAAAGGCGAAGAGCAGCUCGCAGGCUGGACUCCCCGCGGUGUUUCGUUAGUACGAGAUUUUAUCAACGUUGAGAAGCGCCGCCGCCGUGUUGCUGAGAUAGAAACGGCCCGUUCCGUUCUCUCCUCCAAGGCCCUCAGCAUACCCACGUCAGCAUUGGCAUCUUCAAAAGACAAGCCACUAGACGAUGCCCAGAAAGCACUCCUGCAACGCAUCAUCUCUCUGUGGAAGACUAAAAAGGCCCCGGCGGAGAUCAUUCUUAAUUCGACAAACCUAGAGCCACCUACAAACGGCGCUGCUUUCGCACCACGUUCUUCUUCCCCUUCGCCAAGUCCAACGCCUAGCCUGACGGCGACGGUACGCUUCAUACCCAAGAACCCAAACCUUAUGAAGGCAUCGUAUCUUCUCACACCAGAUCCGACCAACACGCGCUGGACUCGGCGAUAUGUGGAACUGCGAAAACCGUAUCUGCAUAUCUACUCCACAGAUGGUGACGAGAUCAACGCCAUCAACAUUAGCACUGCGCGCAUCGACCAUUCUCCCCAGAUUGCAAAGUUACUCGGCGGAGUGCAGAAUCAACACAGCAACAGUGCAAAUGGAAGUGGUGGUGCGGGAGUGUACAAGGACGUCGUGUUUGCUGUUUUCGCACGAUCAAAUACGUACAUAUUCCGGGCAAGAAGUGAGCGGGAAAAGAUAGAGUGGAUUUUGAGAUUAGACCAGAGUUAUUUCAGUAGUGGGGAAGGUAGUGAGGAGAGUGCUUAA